CCUGAAAUGAAUAUGGGUAAAUGUCAUACAUGACAACUCAACUGUCAUUAAUGUCAUUUGUGGUUUUUUUGAUGAAGGUGAAAGAAUAACGUUGAGCUUCUGUUGAAUAAAAAAAGAAAUUGGUGGAAUAAUGCUUCUCUUUUAGGAAAAAAUAGCCGCAUAAGAAAUUUCGAAAAAUGUCGGAUAACGAGGAUGAUUUCAUGUGUGACGACGAAGAAGAUUACGGUCUAGAGUACUCUGAAGAUAGCAACUCUGAGCCAGAUGUAGAUCUGGAAAACCAGUACUAUAACAGCAAAGCCUUAAAGGAAGAUGAGCCUACAGCUGCCUUAGCGUCUUUUCAAAAAGUAUUAGAUCUCGAAAGCGGCGAUAAAGGAGAAUGGGGCUUCAAGGCUUUAAAGCAGAUGAUAAAGAUUAAUUUUAAGCUAGGAAACUAUGAUGAAAUGAUGUCCAGAUACAAACAGCUCCUCACCUACAUCAAAAGCGCAGUAACACGAAAUCAUAGUGAAAAAUCUAUCAAUUCAAUUUUGGACUAUAUUUCUACAUCACGAAACAUGGAACUGCUACAAAAUUUCUAUGAAACAACCCUAGACGCUCUAAAAGAUGCAAAAAAUGAUAGACUGUGGUUUAAAACAAACACAAAGCUAGGCAAACUCUACUAUGAUCGUGGUGAUUUUAACAAAUUAUCCAAAAUACUUAAACAACUUCAUCAAUCCUGUCAGACAGAUGAUGGUGAAGAUGAUUUAAAGAAAGGAACACAAUUAUUAGAAAUAUAUGCUCUGGAGAUUCAAAUGUAUACAGCUCAGAAAAACAACAAGAAACUAAAAACUCUUUACGAACAAUCUCUUCACAUUAAGUCUGCUAUACCACAUCCACUGAUCAUGGGUGUUAUCAGAGAAUGUGGUGGCAAAAUGCACUUAAGAGAGGGCGAGUUUGAAAAAGCGCAUACGGAUUUUUUUGAAGCGUUUAAAAACUAUGAUGAAUCUGGUAGUCCAAGGAGAACUACAUGCCUUAAAUACUUAGUACUAGCUAACAUGUUGAUGAGAUCAGGAAUAAACCCAUUUGAUUCUCAGGAAGCAAAGCCUUAUAAAAAUGACCCAGAGAUCUUAGCAAUGACAAAUCUAGUCAAUGCUUACCAAAAUAAUGAUAUUAUAGAAUUUGAACAUAUUCUCAAGCAGAAUCGACAGAAUAUUAUGGAUGAUUUGUUUAUUAGAGAACAUAUUGAAGACCUCUUAAGAAAUAUUAGGACUCAAGUAUUGAUCCAGUUGAUCAAACCAUAUACUAGAAUUCAAAUACCAUUCAUUUCAAGGAAAUUGAACAUUGAUGUUUCUGAGGUGGAGAGUUUGUUAGUAUCCUGUAUUUUAGAUAACACUAUCCAAGGCCGUAUAGAUCAAGUUAACCAAGUGCUAUUUUUGGAAAGAGCUACGUUGAACCAAGCUAAAUAUAGUGCACUAGAUAGGUGGGCUAACCAACUAAAUACCUUACAUUCAUCCAUUAUAAACAAAAUGGCAUAAAAAAUUCGAGUUCUUUUAAACGGAAGUUUUCUUAUCAUUUGAAUUAUUUUUAUGUGUACGUUCACAUUUGCCGAGGAAGAAGACACAUUAAAUAUAAUUCAUUCAUUAAACAUGAUUUAUCAGAAAUUAUCGUGAUGUUUUGUUAUACAGCGUGCGGCAGCAUAAUUUCCUUUUUUCAAAACUAAAUGAACCCCAUUCAGUCAGAAAAUUUUUUAUUUGUUUCUUAUAAUGAAAAUCCAUUACCAAAGUUUUGUUUUACCUAGUUUUAAAGAUCAACUCUGAUAGGAAUUACCCCCAUUCUCCAUACACUGAGUAAAUCGAUUUCUGGCGUUGGUCAUGACACUUUCCAGCAUAGCAGGCAAUUUAUUCCUGGAUAUUGGCCUUCAAAUCGAGUAGUAAUGGAAGCUCUAUUGGAUCUCCCACCGUUGGAUCUGGUGAUCCGCGGUGAAGCGAGAAUAGUCGCUCAUCGACUGUCAGGACAGCUGGGCCUUCUUCAAUCCUGUCAAGGGGCAUACUGCCAUCUUAGUCGAAUUGCAAAGGGAGGACCCCAUCCUUCUAAGUAGGGGUGAUCGUAUUACCCCUAAAUAUUGCUUCAACCUCAAGUUUAUUGUGGAGUAUCCAACGAGGGAGGAGUGGGACGCCGGUGAGGGCUCAGGUGCUUGGGUAUCUGGGCCUAGAACUAGGCUAUCUCUGCCUCUCGGUGGAUACACCACUAUUUUCCAGGCGGAAAUCUUUGCAAUUCUGGCUUGUGUAUCUCUCAUUCUGGAGGAGGGUGCGCCUAGGAGAAGAAUGACAAUCUUAUCCGACAGCCAGGCUGCAAUGAAGGCACUAAGUGCCUGUAAGAUUCCUUCGAGUCUUGUAUUGCAAUGCAGGGAGGCUCUGGAUUGCCUCGCAGCGAGGCAUCCGGUAUUGUUAAUGUGGGUACCGAGCCACGCUGGGAUAAGGGGCAAUGAGACGGCGGACGCUCUGGUAAAGACAGGAUUAGCCAGCAAGCUCGUUGGUCCUGAGCCAGCUUUAGGAGUGACCGCGCAUAGAGCUAGGAGAAAAACGGAGACGUGGAUUGCAAGACACCACUCUCAGAUAUGGAGAAGUAUCUCCAGACAUCUCCGCCAGGCACGGGAACUCAUUGAAGGGCCCAGUGCUAAGGAUAGACGUUUCUGCUUAUCUUUCGAUCACCCCCAUCACCUGCACGUGAUGGGGGUGGCUGAGGAUCCCUUGUGUGAGCGCUGCGGUGUAGAGGAAGAGACCUCGGCGCACGUUCUGUGUCGCUGCGAGGCUCUUAGCUACUACAGGCAGACUAUACUGGGGUCCAUUACUUUGGAUCCUCAAGGAGCUUGGAAUCUAGGCGAUUCUCUACUUCGCUAAAAGGGCGAGGCUUGUGAUCUAAGGAAUGUAGAGGUGCUUAAGGGCCCGUUUAAGCUGUCUAUGCACUGACUCCUUAUGGUGGCCGGAAUGCCUCUAAUUUCACGAUUCAUUCAUUCAUUCAGGGUCCUUGGAUUGGUUCACAUAAACACGGGAUUUCAAAAAGUCCCAUACAAAAAUCACAAGGGGCCAAAUCGGGAAGGCGGGCAGGCUACUCCUAAGUGUUCCCUCAAAACAUCAUCAAUGCUCUUGAAGUGUGUGCCAUUGCACUGUCUUGUUGGAACCAAAUACCCUAAAUUCAAUUCAUCUAGCUAUGGAAAAAGAUUCUUAUUGUUUCAUGUUUACAUACCGGUGCGAAUUCACUGUCACUGCGACUUCAUUUUCCUCAAAGAGCCAGGGAUCAAUAGUUCCAGCUGAGGAAAUUGCACACCACACUGUGACUUUAGGUGAAUGCGAAGGCCUUUGACGCAGUUGGCAAAGGGCUUCAUCACAAAAAAAACAAUAGCUCCCUCAGGAACGACUUCGAGAAGACGCUCAAAGGCGUUCAUCUGACAAUUGAAGUCGCGUUCAGAAAGUUCCGGCACAAUUGCCAUCUUAGAUAGAAAUGAAAGUCAUCAUGAAGAAUUCUCCUCAUAAAACGAUCGGAAAUUCCAAGGGCAGGCACAUAAUAAUCAUAAAAUGUCUUUAUUAAACUGGCGAACCAGGGCAGAAAAAAUAAAUUAUAUAAAAGAAAAUAUAAAAAGUACAGUUUCUCAGCAAAGUAUUAUUACACAUACAAGGAGUUGCCUGUUUGCGCGCAGAACGCCGUGUUGAUCGCAACAUUGAAGCUCUUCUGCCUGCCACGUAGUGAACCACCUAACAAUUGAUUUCCAAUCCGGGAGAGGGGCUAACGAGGCUAAAUUACAGCGAUUCCGAAGGGCGCGCUGGGUUGCGAUCACAGAACAUCCGCUCAAAAAGUAGGCCUAAAUAGCUAAAGCACGCUCCUCACUGAUCCAACGCAUGAUGGUGACUGAACUGUGUAGAGACAAAAGCUCUCGAACGAGACCACUAGUGCUUCGUUCAUCGACCGGUUGAAUGGCGCGUAUUUUAAAAAAGGAAGUUCAGCUGCCGCGCCCUGUAGUGAAAAGAUCAUGCACACGGUGCGUACGAUUAGCUUAAAUUUUCCGAAAAUUUGUCAUAUUGUUCAUAUUUUAUGCCUGAUUAAAAGUCCUUGGAGGUAUCACAGCUAUGUAAAUCCAUCAUCGGUCUCCUUGGCCUUUCAACUCAUUCCAAUGGAAUUUCGAUAAUGGAGAAAGACGUUAAACGAGUGUUGCCUAUCGACAACCUUCCACAUACACAUUUAACUCCACUUCAAAGGCUGGGUCUCUGACCAUACCAGUGAAGUGUAUUGUCGCCAGGUCACGUUACCACAUUGAUGUACAUAAGUACGAGUACACUUGACACCUCACUGGUAACGUAAUACAGAUUACUAUUUUCGACAAGUACUCUUGUAUGGAAUAUCAGGUAAAAUCAUGCCAAAUAACCUUAGCUUAGAAGUGAAAUGGAAUGUACAUGAGGCAGGCUGCCAAUAAAAAAGCCGAGUUUAAUGUAUUUCUCUAAUAUACGCGCAAUGUUUCUACCAGAUAGACCUGCGGCCCGCACCCGCGGUGUCCUGGCAUUUAGACUUCUUUGGUGUAAACAAAAAAAAAACUUCAAUAUAACCUGUAUUGAACCGUUGGUUUAUUGGACUAAAUAAGUGUCAUGUAAUUGAUAUAUGCUCAUCAGGGGUUGACUAAUUAAAAAGAUGACAACCCUGAUAGGCCUUUAGGGUUCGUAAGGAUUUAAAUGGACAGCAUGCAAAUUUUCUGGAAGUGAACAAGUCUUCAAGCUCCCAUAUAUCACGUUUGUAAUCCUGUGCAUAGAUAUCGAUCUUUUCUCUGUGUAUCUUCAGCAGAGUCACAGUUUGGUGUUGUUACGGUUAUGAGUUAAUUAAUAAGAUAACUUGAGAAACAUCUAUUAUAUUUGUUGUCAUCACUUGUUUUUCUUUGUGUAAAUUUCUGUUUCAUGUUUUUGUCUCAUUUGGCCCAGUAAGUGUGUAAAAAUUUUGUACAUGAAUACAAACUAAAUAAAAUGUUAAUAUACUUAGUAAUUUAUGAAAAA